AAACACAAUGAAGUCGUUGAAAAAUUAUUGACCCUGAAUCAGUCUGUUAUACCUAAUUCGAAAAAGCUUCCGAAAGUUGUUGUUGUGAAGCCUGCUAUGAAGAAAGGAUUAGGAAAUCGAUUCCCUGGAAUAGUAUGUGGAUUUUUAUAUUCAAUUAUCACUAAUAGGCUACUCUUUAUUGAUGGAUAUAACCAUUUUGAAGAUUACUUUGAGAAAGAUUUUGAACAUAACUGGGAAAAAGUUGCAAAUUUAUAUAAUAAUCGUAGUUUUAAAAGUUUGCAUAAUGUCGAGGAAAAUGAAUUUUCAUUAAUAACUAGAGGAAAUCUUAGUAGUGAAGAAGUAAAUUCUUAUGACAUUUUACAUGUCCACACAUGGGAUUAUGUGUGCGUGCCAAUAAUGUCCAAUCCUUAUUAUAAAGAAUGGAUUAACGAAAUAAUUCCAGAAUAUAAAGUUUUCACGAUCAUUAGUCAAAAAUUAUUUAGAUUAAAAUCUGAUGUCAACAAACAAAUAGACACUUUUAUAAACAAUAAUUUUGGAGAGUAUAAUAUAGGAAUUCACUUAAGAUUGAAGAAGAACAUUAGGAAAACGAUAGGUAUGAUAAUACCUAUAGAAAAUUAUUGUCGAGUGGUGGAAAUGCUGUUGAUAGGAAUAGGCAAAAGAAAUGUGACAGUCUUUAUAGCUGCUGAUAUGAAUGAAAGUCGUGAUACCUUAAUAAAUUAUAUUCACAAAUCACUCAAUUCAAAUAAAGAAUUUGUUAAGAUUGUUCACGUUAAUAAUAAUAUGAGCAUCAAAAAUCCAUCUAACCGUAAUCCUGGUACAGAAAUAAGCGCUCUUAUUGAUAUGAAGAUUCUUAGUUUUUGUGAUGACUUGGUGCUUACAUUUGGUUCAACAUUCGGUUAUGUUGCAGCAGGAUGGUCUUAUAGAUCAUUACGUCGUUUAAGAAGUCCGUUUGUAGUAAUGCCAAUGAGAAAUACUACAGAUGAUUUUGCCGUUGAUAAAAUUUGGUUAUGGCGGGCCGAAUCAAAUGAACCAUGUAUGUACUUGAGUAAAGAACUGAUGAAAAACGCUGAUCCAGAAACUGUCAAAGUUUUUAAAACCAAUCCAUUUUGGAUGCAUUAUAGUCAAGG